GUUUAAAUCAAAUAUAUCUUUACCUGAGACAAUUCUAAUCCAGAUGAAUUCUUAAUUACAAAAACAUUGGACAUGAAAUCCCAUCUAUUUAUGUUAUAAUUUAUUUUUUUUAUUUUUAUUUUUUUGGUGUUCUCAAAAAGCUUAUCUAAUUAGGAAGCAAAAUCAGCCGCACAUAAUAACAUUAUAUUGACAGUUUCAGUGCUGAAAUCUAGUUGGUUAAAACUUGAACGGACUCUCUGAUCUGAAUACACCUUCAUCAUCAUUAAUCAGAGAAGAAAUAAGAACUUAUACUUCCACUGUGGUGCUGCAGCCAAUGAGUGAAUUCUUGAGAUUCUGAGCUUUCAUAGGAGGAAUGUGACAGUCGAAGGUCCUACAGGUGUGGUCAACUUUGUUUCUGAGAAUGGGGAGUCCUGUGGAGUCAAACUGAUUACAGACAAGAAUCGUGGUCUAGUUUUCCUGAGCAAAUAUGACAGCUGUUACACCAUGUAUAAGGACAGAAAAGUUGUCAUUCCUUUGCGUGUCCAACUGAAAGGAAAACGACGAUGGUACAGAGUGAACAUCAGUUGCCCUCUGAUAAAAAGAUAUAGUGACAAAAGGACAAUUUUGUCCAAAACAGUGUUUUUAGCAAGUGCUUUAGCAAGAGAAUGCAAAACUUCCAAAAAUCUGAGGAUGGACUGUGGUCACCAUGAAAGUGAAGACUGCUUCAAACUUGGAUGUUGUUAUGAUGAUCAUGAUGAUAUGUGCUUCUACAGACUGAACUCCUGCUCUUUAGACAGAAAAUUUGUGUUUUCUGUCACAACGGCAGACACUGAUUAUUCCACUUCUUUAAGGAGCCUAAUGAUUAAGGAUCACCCAGAGUGUGUUCCAGUAAUUACCACCCCAGACACUGCAGUGUUCAAAAUUGGACUAAUGGAGUGUGGAGCCAAGAUGAAGAAAGAUGGAAACAAAGUGAUUUAUGAAAUUGAGGUUGUGGAUGCCAUAGAUUCAUCAUUUAGUCUUGAGGUUGCAUGUGAGUAUGAGCCUUCAGAAUUGAAAAAAGCUGCCAAUUUGCAUGCUUUAUUUUUGGCGACAAAUCCACCACCUGCAGUUGCUUUGGGAAGCAUUGGAGUUCAAAUGAGAAUUGCCAAAGAUGCCUCUUUUACAUCCUUCUUUGCUGAAGAUGAAUUACCUGUAUCCCUACCAUUGCGUGAAAAUGCUCAUGUAGAAAUAUCAUUUGUUGAGCCAUCCCCAGACCCAACUCUUUCCCUCCGUGUACGAGACUGCUUUGCCUACCCAGAGACUAAACACUCCGUGUGGAAUCUGCUCUUUGAUGGCUGUCCAAACCCUCUGGAUGACAUGCAAAGUUCUAUUCCUGUUGACAAUAAGGGAAAGAUUGCCUUUCACUCCCAAGUCAGAAGGUUUGAUGUGAAAACGUUUGCAUUUCUGGACCCACACACAGGCCAUCAUAGCACAGACCCAGUGUAUUUUUAUUGUUGGGUGGAAAUCUGUUCUGAAAAUGUGGAGUGUGCUCAGUACUGCUCAAUCACCUCUUCAGGGGGUGAAAGACAAAGAAGAGACGCUUUACACACUUCUGAUCAUCUCCAUCUCAUUUCUUUGGGACCUUUACUGGCAGGACAGAAUGGCACGGAUGUGGAGGACAACCCAUUUCUAAAAUCUAAGAAAAUGUUUCAGGUGACUGUUUAUAUUCUGGCUGGGGUUGGAGCUGCUCUGCUUCUACUACUGAUGUUUAUGGCAUUUAGAAGCAUUAGAAGGUGCCAGAUGCGGGCACAGACCCUGGAUGCACAAAGAAAUACAGAACAAUCUCAAUAAAACAAAUCAUUACGGGUUUA